AGAGACGCUAUCUCUUUCCCAGAAUGCAACGCUUUCCAUGUGUGGCUUUGCAAGAUGGCGGCGAAGUUUAAAGUUGGAGAUUUGGUUUGGGCAAAGAUGAAAGGCUUCCAGGCGUGGCCUGGGAAGAUCAUAGAACCCAAGCCAGAAGUAAAAAAACCUUCCAACAAGAAGACACAUCAUUUUGUGUUCUUUUUUGGAUCUGAAAACUAUGCUUGGAUACCAGAAGAUUCUGUGUAUCCUUACUUACAGUUCCGUGACAAGUAUACUGAAGCUACUCGCAUCCCACGGGGAUUCAAAGAGGCUCUGGAAGCCAUUGAAGAUGCUUGGCAAGCACUUCCAGCCUCAGUCAGGACAGCAGAUCUGCCCUCCAUUGACGAAGAGAUCGCUCAGAUUUUUCCGAACAGGCCCUCCUCCCCACAGAAAGACUAUUCGCGUGAGCCCCUCUUCGGCAGCAAAAAGGAAAGAAAGUCCUUAGAGCCCAAGCGCAAGCCUAAGCUACAGGGCACCCUCUCAGGUAGCGCAAAGACCAGCCGAUCCAAGUCAGAGGGAGCAGUGUCCAAUCACAAGGAUAUUGACGAUAUAUACCGCCUGCCAGAUGACAGUGAAUUAGCUGAGGAGCCAUUUGAAAGUGUACAGAAGAAACAGAGAGAGAUCAUGAAAAAGAACAAACUGACUCCCUCAUCCAGAAAGAGUUUGCCUGUAAAGAGAGCUGCUCCCUUGGCUUCAUCAAGUGAUCAUACCAGCCCAGGUGCAGCACACAAAAAAUUCUUUGUUUCCAAGGUACCCUCUGCAGCACCUACCACAUCACCAGAUGGUGAAGACUCAUCUGCUAGUGCCCCUUUCAUGGACACUUCAGCUCCGUUGUACAAGGAUGAGGCUUCUGAAGCUAGGCUUUCACCUGAUGAUUCUAGAAUCCAAGCUGAGGAAGAGGAUGAUCCCUACCUGAUGCACGAAGACAAGGAAGAGUCAAUGAUGAACAAGCUGACCAACAAGGCAGUCAUCCCUACACCACUCCGCAUUGGCUUUCUGGGCCUGGGUAUCAUGGGACAGGGCAUGGUAAUGAACCUGCUGCGAUCGGGACAUGAAGUCACCAUAUGGAACAGAACUGCUGCCAAGACAAGAGAAUUUUCCAAAGCUGGAGCAUUUCGUGGAAACAGCCCUGCUGAUGUGGUGCAGUCAUGUGACAUCACCUUUACAUGUGUCUCAGACUCUGUGGCUGUCAGAGAUGUUGUCUUUGGUAACCAGGGGGUGCUACAAGGGAUCACCAAAGGCAAGUGUUAUGUGGAGAUGUCAACUGUGGAUGAGGAAACAGUACAAGAUGUCGCAGAUGCAGUCAUGGCUCGAGGUGGCACGUUUCUUGAAGCACCUGUGUGUGGCAGUCGUGUGCCAGCCCUGGAAGGGCAGCUGAUUAUCCUAACUUCUGGAGAUCGUAAACUGUAUGAUGAUUGUUACUCCUGCUUUGAGGCUAUGGGUCGAAAAUCCUUCUACCUUGGCAACGAGGUGGGGACUGCCACACGAAUGAAACUGAUCCACAACAUGCUGCUGGGCACAAUGAUGGCCAGUCUGGCCGAGGGCAUGGCCCUGGCAGAGAAGGUGGGCCUCGACCAGGAGGAUUUUGCAGAAGUGCUGUCCCUUGGCUCACUCAGCUGUCCCACUAUCAACCAUAAAGCUCAGGCCAUCCUGAACCAGCGGCAUGACCCACACUUCCCCCUGCAGCAUCAGCAGAAGGAUCUGCGUCUGGUCCUCAGCAUGGGCGACAGCGUAGAACAGCCACUGUUUCUGGCAGCAGCUGCUAAUGAGCUGUACAAAAAAGCCCGGCGCUUAGGUUAUGGUGAGGGGGACAUCUCUGCAGUAUACCGUGCAGCAUGUUCGUAGUGAGGCAGCUGUUAAAAACAUCGGCAAGAGAGAAGUAGAAGAACAGGUGAAAAGACACUAGACAUCUUGACAGUCACACCAUGUUUACAGACAUCACAUCCUUUAAAGCUUCUAUGGAAAGGAAGAAGUUUGGAUAAUAUGAAUUCAUCCACAGUUGUACACAGGUGUCUAAAUUUUUUAGCCAUUGAUUAAAUACCUAACAUUAAGAGGGACUAGCUGCAGUAAUGAUGUCAGACCAGGAAGGUUUGCCGCCCGGAUACACACCAUGCCUUUGAAAGGGGUUGUGCACGGUGCUUGGUGCAAAAAAAAUGUUUGCAGCAAGACCAUAGUUUCUUUACUGCAGUGUACCUUUUUGUAUUUAAUCAGCUAAUUUUGUCACGCAGAUACCUGCCUUGUACAUAGACAUCUUAUAACAAUCCAAUAAAGUGGCAUGGUGUAAUAGGAGUUUUUAUGAGUACGUUAAUAUUUGUCUCACCAAUGUAUGCAUCAUUUCUUGUCAUAGAUCAUUUGUGUGUGGGUGUGAACAGGUACGGGUGUGCGUAUGUAUGGGUGUGCACAUGCCUGCUUGAGCAUAUGUAACCUUGCCAUAUUUUUGGCUGGUCUACUGUUAUAUGAUUCAUUGAAUGCUCUGGCUUUCUCAUGAAGUUGGAUAAGACUAGUUGUAGUGGUUUUCAAGAUGUGCAGGAAAUAUAUUAUAAAUGGGCCAGUGCAGACUUUGUCAUUAAAUCUGUGACAAAUCCUGUGCUGAUGCCAGUAUACAUUGUACAUACAAAGACUACGCUUUAUACUUUAUUCUGUAGGAGUGGAGUUGUUUCAGUGGUCUGUUGCCAGAGGUGCAAUGAUAGAAAUAAUGGCUGAUAUGAUUUCAUUUUUAAUAAUCAUGGAGUGAAAGCUUUUGGAGGAAAAACUUUAUUUGUAGUGACGUAAUUUUCACGCCUUUAUCUGUCUCUCUAAUAGUUAACUAGUGGUCGUUAACUAAAACUCUUUUUAGCACCAGUUGUCAAGCUUGUGGUCGUCACAGUAAGACCAACAAAACAUUUUACUUCAAUGGCAGCAGGUGAGAAGGGAAGAUUUCUAAUACAUGGUAUCAAUUUCCAAUGGGAUUUUUGUGUGGCCCACAGGCCUUUAAAACAGAGUUUGUUAAACUGUCACCAGUUUGAUUGUCUUGUGCAUGGGGAUUUCUUUUUUAAGACAGGUGGAAGACUUAGCCUUUUGAUGUGUCUAGACAUGUAAGGAAGGAAUUAACACUUUUUGAUAAAGCAAGAUAUUGAGCCAUCAUGCCACAAUGUGGAAACCCCCUUAAAUACCAGUUUCGGUAGUACUGUCUGCUUGAAACUGCAUGUGGUGUUUGUGUAGAAUCAUGAAAUGGACAUCAGCCAUGAUUGUAUUAUCUUUAUUGUGUUAAAGUGAAGCAAGGACCAUGUUGUAUACUUUAUAUUUGUGUUUGAAAUGGAUCUUUCCGUUACACGGUGUGUUGAAACUGUAGGCAAGAGCAGCUUACAGCAACAGCACACACUGAAGAUGGUCAUGUUCAAGAUUCAAGGCACAAUUGCUGUAACAUGAACGAUUGAAUAUAGCAUGAGGCAUACAGAGUAGAGUUUUUUUAAUUUGCAUUUGCAGAAAGAUACAGGCAAGGUAUUGUUUGCUGAUGCAGGUAUUUCCAUUCGUGAAAUAAAUCAGAAGCAUAAUGUUUUCAGUAAAGCAAAGGAAAAGAAAUAAAUAGCCAAGUCAUGAAUAUUGACUCCGUGCAGAAAUCAAGCCAAAGCUGAUGGGCAAAGGAUGCAUGAUGGGUGAUCUACCAUUCCCUUUACCACUAGACGCUUUAAACAAAAUGUGCGACUUAAGCAUUCAGUGAGAGGUAGUCAAUCAAAUUUUAAGAUGUCCCUAAAGCAAUUUGACAUCUUUGCAAAGCUAAAGAAGACAGGAAAAAAAUAGCAAUAUUCAUCAUUUAAAGGUGUGGAAAGUUGGGGAAAUUUGUUAAAUGCAUCAUGUCAUCCAUCAGGAUUCAUAUCAGAGUAAUGACUAAGAUAUAUGCAUGUUUAAUGGUGCAUAAAGGUUUACAUUUAAUGGCAGUGUAAUUUGGCCCUUUAAAAUGUAACUGACAACAGGUGGUGGGGGAAAACAUUGGUAGUCCACUGCAGCAGGCCUUGGAACAGACCAUAGAACAGCAAACUUAAUCUAGAUUUGCAUUAUUUUAACUGCUUUUUUAAGUUUUCUUGAAUGGUAACAUUUUACUUAGCUGUAAAUAUAUUCAAAAGAAAAGACAUUUUUUAGACCAAGAAGUUUAUAUUCGAGAGAUAAUAGACUAUGUCUAAGCAGCAGCAAUGCUCUUGCAUGUGUGUGUGAGCUGUGAAUGUUUUUAUCUGAUUGUUGCUUUCCGUUCUUUGCAUGUUUUAUAUAGCCCUCUUGACUUUCUUCUUUAGUAGUAAGUCAGCCCAUGCAUUUUCUAUAAUCAUUUAUGCCACUUGUUUCAGAAAUCACACUUUAAUAUUUGUCCCUUCAAAGAUGGAGUUGUCCAUUGUAGUUCUGGCUGGUACAAUUUGUGUUUUGAGGACUUCAUAGAGUAAUGUAUUUGUGUAACAUCAGCUCAUCAUGUUUCAUUUGAAGUAAACCCUUUUAUCAUAUAUCUACA